AUGUCAAACCAAGAAAGUAUUGAACUAGAAUCAUUCAUUGAUGGCAGAACGGAACAGAAUCGGUCUGAAACUAAAUCUACAUCUCGAAAUGUUUCAAAAAUUAUCACAAUUACUAUUGUAAUUAUUUUGCUUUUAAUUUUUACACUCGGCGGAAUAAGAGUAGCCACUGGGAUGUUUGUCUUUCCAGAAAAAAUUAGUAGCACUCCAGCUCCAGCUUCAGCUAACCAAAGAAUAUCAGCCUGCAACAAGCGAGUAAUUGGAUAUUAUUCAGCGACUGAAACUUCCGAAAUCACCAGCAGCCAAAUUUUCAAAUUAACGCAUGCAGUUUUUGCAUUUGUUUAUAUGACUUCAGAAGGAAUAUUGACAUUUAUCGAUCAAUAUGAAAUGGAUCGAUUUUCGAAAUUAAAAGAGGUUGUUCGAAAUGGAAAGUAUAAAGUCAAACUGCUGUUUUCCAUUGGUGGAAAAGACAAUUCGCGAAAUUUUUCUACGGUUAUAUCAAGUGAAAAGAGAAUACAAACAUUCAUUAAGUCUAUUCUCGAUUUUCUUAAAGAUCACAAUCUCAAUGGUGUGGAUUUGUUUUGGAAAUGGCCAGAAGAAAAAGAAAAAAUGAAGUAUUCGAAAUUCAUUCAAAGACUGAAAAAAGAAGAGUAAAUAUAUUUUGUCAAUCGUAGUACCACCCCCUCAUGUAAGAGGAUGGGAACGGGCAUAUGACUUCAAACAACUUGUUCAAGAUGUCGAUUUUGUGAAUAUAUACUCAAUGGACUAUUAUGGACCAUGGCCAGAUGACUUAGCAGGUGAUACCACGGGACCAUCAGCACCGAUUUUUGGCUGUCCUUGGAAAAAAGGAGCAUAUAAUGUCCACCACUCGGCAAAAAUAUAUUCUUGUCGAACGAAGAAAUCAAGUAAAUUCAAUAUUGCUAUUCCUUUCUACGCAACACUAUGGGAAAAUGUCUAUGAACCAUUCCCAAGUCCAGGAAGAGAUGUGUUUAGAUACGUCGCAUCGAAUAAUGGGAUGACAAUUGGACAAAGAUAUAUGAAUCGAUCAAUUGUGAAGCAGCAAGGUUUUCAGUUGGAGCGAUAUUCAUAUGACGAAUUGACAAAAGGAUCAUUUAUUUAUAAUUCCACAACUGUGAGAUAUCUGACAUUUGAAACCGAGAGAAGUAUUAGAGAAAAGACUGGUUACGUCAAGGAUGGGGUUAUGGGUGGAGUAUGGAUUUGGUCAGUUGAUAUGGAUGAUGAAUCAAAUAGCCAAUUAAAUGCAAUCACCUUUAAAGGAAGAUGUGCCGUUGAAAGAAAAUCUAAACACGACUGCUGA